CCACUGGUUGCGAUAUCACCAUAGCAUACAUGGUAAAGUUGUAUACGAGGUAUUUCAUAAGCCUCUGCUCCUACCUAUUAUCUACAGUCAACCAGUCACCCAUUUUACCUGAGUAAUAUGGACUGUUGAGUACCAUAUUCAUCGAGAGUUCUUUUUGGUGAUUGUUAUGGUGGAUUAUGGGCGUUCUUGGGUUGAAUUUGUCCAUGGGCCUGUGGGCCCAUCAAAGGCCCAACGGUGGGCGGUUAGGCCAGCCAGCUCGAUGACGGCCGGGAGGGAUAACACACGCGGCCCCACCACCACCAGCAUUGCAGUCGCCGCGCAAUGGAGCUCGGAGGCGGAGGGCGACGAAGCGCCGGCGACCGUGUCCGGCGGCAGCUGCAGUCGGUGGGGCGAUUGGCGGCUUACCUCGGCGGCGGCUUCCUCCUCCUCUCCGCCGCCGCCUCGGUCGGCGUCCGCUCCCUCCGCGCCCUCUCCGACGCCAACCAGAGGAAGUUCGCUACGCCGUGCGGUGCCUGCGAGGGGAAGGGGACCUACGCGUGCAGGCUCUGCCGGGGAAGCGCCACCAUCGAGUGGUCUCCGAUGCACGAUCCGGUGUUCGUCAAUCCAUGCCUCUGCCCUACCUGCGAUGGGACCAGGGUGCAACGCUGCUUGAACUGCCUGGGAAGAGGUUGCGCUUGAAGAUGCAAGGUGCUUAUCUUGAUAGGUGACCUUUUCUCGCACUGUCAGUUUUCGCUCUUGAUGGAGAUGGUAGAUAGUUGGGGAGUUGCAAUUAAGAGUUACAGUUGAAUGUUAGCCGUUAACGAGUAAAGCAAAUCUGAUUUGUUUUGCUGUUAGGGUCUACUUGACGGAUGAUUAAAUUGAGUGUUUAUUUUUUCUGGUAAUUCCUGGCUAGGGAACAGAAAAUGCGCUUCCAAGGUCCAACUAAAACUAAGAGAUCAACUGGUGAAAGUGAAGUUACUUUCAUGCACCCUUUGCAGGCUUUGCUAAAUUUGAGAGGGAAUGAACUUCCCCUCAUGUAGUCAUGUGCCAGAAGCACAGAUUUCAGUUGUUUCAAGGAUAGAUGUAGAUAUAGUUGUGAUGGAGUCCCUCCUAUCGACCAUGUGGACAAGCCAAGAUCACGGAGGCAAUGAUUUGUUUUUUGAAUGUAAAUUGAAGACCAAUAUAAGAUCUUAACCAGCUGAUAUCCUUUUUUU